GUUCUCAGUGUGACGUCUGACACUCCUCUCAGCAUGGAAAACACACUUAAGUCCAGAUUGAACUUUUAAGAAGCCUUUUGGAUCCGAGCAAACUCCAAGUUGCUUAAAUGGAAUCUUCUACAAACAGUUUGGACGACGUUUCAGCGGACGGCAGUUCAGAGUUCCAUGACCGAGCUGCAAUGAUGGAGCUGCGUCUUCAGGCCCAGGAAGACGAAAUCAUGCUGCUGAAAUCCUCGCUGGCUGAUGUCCUGCGCCGACUUCAGUUCCAUGAUCAGCUCUUACCCAUUGUGAAGCAGCAGCUCAUCGCAGUGAACCCGGCGGCUGCAAAGGCUUUGAACCGAGUUGUCUGUGCUGAGGGUUGCAGCAGGAAUCCCUCCUCCAGCUCUGCCUUGGAAGGAGAUCCGCCCUCCACGGCCAGUCACAACGGAGGACCGAUACCAGCAGACCGACCUGCUACUCAGGACAGAUGGACCCAGACGGAGCUUCCCAGCCUAGAACAGAAUGGUUAUCAAGACCAUGUGCUGCUUCCAAAGCGAGUGCUGAGCCUUCAGCUGGAGGACGCUCUCCCACCAGGUUGUGUGAGUGAGAGCUCCAGAGCGAAGCUCCACCGCAUCCCUGGAGUGGAAGUGGAGGAUGAGGAGCAGCAGGAGGAGGAGGAUGAUCAAGAAUCAGAGCAGGACAAAGACUUGAGCUGGACUUCUUCAGUUGAGGAGCCAAUUCAUCCUACUACCAUUCGAGGCCUCCAGAGGGACGACUUCCAGGACCGGAGCUUUUCUCCAGAGGAGCCAAGUCCUUCCUCCACCUCAGCCAAAUCGCCCGACCUGAACCUCAGCUCCCGCUCCAGCCCUCUCUCCCCCAUCCGGGAAGGAGAGAAACAACUGUUGGUUCGCAGGAACAGUGAGAAAACAGGGAGCACGGAGAAGCAAAGGAAACGCCUGGACAAGAAGGCAGCAUCGUCUGCCAACCUGCUGUCACGCUCACCAAGCUUGGAGAACCGGGCCAAGGAGCUCAUCUCCAGUGCAGCAGGAUCCCCCGGGUCCAGAAGAGGAACAUAUGGCCAAGGACAGUCUAUCAAAAUGUUCAUCCGGGGUCGGCCCAUCACCAUGUACAUCCCGUCCAACAUUCAGAACUAUGAAGAUUUGAAGAUGGAGCCUCCGUCAGAGAGACUGGAGCUGGACUGGGUCUAUGGUUACAGAGGGCGGGACUGUCGCGCCAACUUGUACUUCCUCCCGACAGGCGAGGCGGUUUACUUCAUUGCUUGUGUCGUCGUCCUUUAUCACAUCAACAAUCGCACACAAAGACACUAUCGCAAACACACAGACUGUGUACGCUGUCUGGCCAUUCACCCUGACAAGGUGCGAGUGGCAUCCGGCCAAACAGCUGGGGUGGAUAAAGAUGGAAAGCCCCUGCAGCCCUGUGUUCAUAUCUGGGACUCGAACACUCUGGUGACUCUACUGCAGAUUGGAAACGGAACCUUUCAGAGAGGAGUGGGAUCUGUCGCCUUCUCCUCUCAUGAUGCAGGCGCAUCUCUAUGUGUGAUUGAUGAUUCUAACGAACACAUGCUGUCGGUGUGGGACUGCAGUAAAGGAGUGAAGCAUGCGGAGGUCAAGACGACUAAUGAGGCGGUGUUUGCUGUCGACUUCAAUCCCAGUGACAGCACCAACAUCAUCACCUGUGGAAAAUCCCACGUCUACUUCUGGACUCUGAGCUCUGGACAGUUCACCAAAAAACAAGGAAUCUUUGGAAAAUACAAGAAGCCCAAGUUCAUCCAGUGCUUUGUGUUCAGCCUGACCGGAGAUGUUCUGACGGGAGACUCAGAGGGAAACAUCCUGACUUGGGGAAAGUCUGCUGCUGACACCAAAACUCUGGGAAAAGGAGCCAAAGAAACUUUUCAGAUCAUGCGUCAGACCAGAGCCCACGAGGGCAGCGUGUUCACCCUGUGCACCCUUCAGGGCGGAGCUAUUCUCAGCGGUGGAGGGAAAGACCGCAAGAUCAUCCGCUGGAGUGCAGACUUGGCACCUGAAAGAGAGUGUGAGAUUCCAGAGAACUUUGGCGCGGUUCGCACUCUGGCUGAUGUGGACGGGGAGGAGCUCCUGGUGGGAACAACCCGGAACGCCAUCCUGCGAGGAACUUUCACAGAUGGAUUUGUUGCCAUAGUGCAGGGUCACGUGGAUGAGCUGUGGGGUCUGGCGACUCACCCCUCUUUAAACAUUUUCAUCUCUUGUGGAAAUGAUCGACAAGUUUGUCUGUGGAACACAGUGGAGCACAAACUGGACUGGAGCAUCACACUGGAGGAUUAUGGCUUGUGUGCUGACUUCUGCCCAAAUGGAUCAGUGGUGUCAGUGGGCCUGAGUACUGGAAGGUGGAUGGUCCUGGACAUGCUGACCAGGGAGACGAUCUCAGAGUUCACCGAUGGCAAUGAGCAACAUUCUGUCAUGAGAUACUCACCUGAUGGCAGCUUCUUGGCCGUGGGCUCUCAUGACAACUUCAUCUAUAUCUACACUGUGACGGAAAACGGUCGCCGCUACAGUCGCUUUGGGAAAUGUAACGGGCAUUCCAGCUUCAUCACUCACCUGGACUGGUCUAAAGAUGGGAAGUACAUCAUGUCCAAUUCUGGAGACUAUGAGAUCCUUUAUUGGGACAUCGCGGGUGGCUGUAAACUAUUAAGGAAUCGGUUCGAGAGCAAAGACAGAGAGUGGGCUUCAUUCACCUGUGUGCUGGGCUUUCAUGUCAUGGGUGUGUGGCUGGAGGGAUCGGACGGCACCGACAUCAACGCUCUGUGUCGCUCUCACAGUGAAAAAAUGGUUGCAGUUGCUGAUGACUUCUGCAAAGUUCAUCUCUUCCAGUACCCCUGCCCUAAACCAAAGGCACCGAGCCACCGGUACGAGGGCCACGGCAGCCACGUCACAAACGUCAGCUUCACCCACAGCGACUCGCACCUGCUCUCCAUGGGCGGCAAAGAUACCUGCAUCCUCCAGUGGAAGGUGAUUGGAGGUGGCACAGCUAACGGCAGAGAGAGGCUUACCUCCGCUUCGUCCACGUCCACCAGUUCACCAGAGCCAGCUGCACACCAGGAGUAGAGUUUUUAUUUGUCUGUUCUUUAUCACAACCCAACGCACAGCCAUUAGCAGCCGUUGUUUUUGCCCCCAAAUAAGUAGCUUUCAUCCUAAAUUUCACUCAUAAUUGUUAUUGUACAUAAGCUACAUGUCAAUUGCUGUGAGUAGCUGUUAGAAAAAUCUACUGUCAUAAUUUUGGUGUGAAUUUGUCACGGAAGCACGGCGGGGCAGUGCCAGGACGAGUGUUGUGUUCAAAGCUUUACAGAGGCAGAGGAAAUCAUUUUUUAACAUGCCAAAGUUUUAUGCUCAGAGACCUAUAUUAGCUUCCAGCAUCUUGUCUGUGUUGGAAAUUGCAUCCCUAAAGCUUGAACAGAAAGCACACGUUGAAAUAAUUUGACCUGUUCCAAGUCUAUAUCUGUACUGGAACCGAUAUCAGACUCUAGCCAUGACUGACAUGCUCUAUCAGAUAGAGCUCUUUGAAACACAACCCCCUCGGGACAAUCUUUGCCAGUUCAGACAGCGAGACACAUGAAUCUGCUCUGGAUGUUUAAGAUAAGUUGAACACAAGGACCUAGAAAUGAGUUUCUAAGGUCAAACUUGUGCUUUCCUGACUCAUCUCUGACAUUACAAAACAUGAAAGCAUGAUCUUAUGACCUAAAAUCAUCAUUUGUCUGGCUUCUGAAACAGCUUUCGGGGGUGUCUUCUGUCUCACAGGCGCAGUACAUGGUUUUUGUUCUCUGUACAGUUCUACUGCGGCCGUGACAAAGUCUCACCCAACAUCUAUGAUGCUUACAAUGACAUAGAAUGUUUUAAGUGCCUCUCUUCUUCUUUAUGGCCUAGAUAGUCCAUCAUGAUUCAUAAGGACAGUUAAGUAGCUCAGAAGAGGUGUGGAGUGACAAAAAGUCACCUGAAAGGGAAGGGAAACAGGAACAAAAUAGAACUAUGAUCCUUGACUGAAGUCUGUUGAACAUUCCUGCAUCUUGGUCCAUCUCAUUCCACAUCAUGGUGCAUCAACAGUCAACACUUUUUGUGCAUUUAUUAUGACAUUAGACUGUGAUAAACCUUACUAAUGAUUACUCAUUCAGCACGUCUUUUGUGGCCAUUGCCUUAUCGUGUAUUUGGGCAAAUGUGACGUUGCAGCAGCAGUCCUGCAAUAUUCCAAUAUGAACUGUAAUGUGUAUGUCAUGCCACUAGUGGGCAGUGUUGUAAUGCAUUAUUGUGUGACACAUAACAUGCAAUGAAGAUUUUUGUUCUUUCCAAAAAUACUACCAAUAAAAGA